UUUAUUUUAAUUAUAUUUUUUGUUUUUUUUUUUUUACAAAUAAAAUGAAUAACGAGUUAUUGUUUUUUGACACUUUUUCUCAUGAUAUUUCAGAGGAAUUAAAUUUGGAUUUAGUACAAUUUCCAAAACCAGUUUAUAUCAGUGAGGUUAGAAUAAUACCACUUGGUGCAAGAGUACAAGCUGAUUUUCCAGGUGGUGUUCGACUUGGAGCAACAAAUCCAUCUCAAUUUGAAAUUGAGUUUUUUGUAAAUGACCUUAGUAAACCUGGUGCAUCAACAUUUGAAUCACUCGGUGGUUUAGAGUAUAAACAGAAUAUCCAUAUACAAUUAGAAUGCGAAAAAAAGCAAAUUCCAACGGAUGGAUUAGUUCUUCGUGGUUGGUAUACGACAAUAACUCUAGCUGUGUAUGGCAGUCUUACAAAAUCAGUGAUAGCUCCACCAGAAAUACCAGCACCACCAGCAGCAACAACAACUGCUGGUGUUAUAGCUGUCACAGAGGAAACAAAAAUACCAAAUGCAGAUGUUGUUAGUGCUGAGCCACAGCCAGAAUGGCAUCAAGAAAAAGAAAGUCAACCAUUAACGACUGAAAAAUCAGAAUCAAUUCUUCCAGCUGCUGCUGCUGCUGCUACCAUUACAACUACUGCUUCUGCAAAUGUUGCAACUACAACUACUACAGCUACUUCUGCUACUACUUCUACUCCUACUAUUAUUGCCACCUCUUCUACUGUUAUUGUAGCUACUGCUGCUGUUACUACUGCAACGGCUGCUGCUAGUAUUACUACUACUCCUGUUGUUGUUACUGCUACUGCUACUACGACUACUUCUACUAUUGCUGGUACUGUUACCGUUGCUACUGUUACUGAUGCUACUGUUAGUUCUGCUACUACUACUGCUGCUCAGCCUAUUUUAACAAUUGAAGAGUCUCAAAAGACUCCAACUGACGUACCACAGUCUGAUCAAUCAAAAUGGACACCUGAAGAAAAUACAAAUGCAACAAAAAGUCAACCAAAAACACCAAAAAGACCCUCAUCACCACCAUCUGAGAGUCUUGUAUCUCUUAGUCCAGAAUCUAUAUCUGCUGAAGAGGAAGAAGCUGAAAGAGAAACUGAAGAAGUUACUGAAGCUGUUGAACCAUUUGAACCAAUUUUAUCUGAUGAAGAAUUAAUGACUGAUGAUCCUCCAAAUAAUAAUGUUGAACUGUUUGAAAAUUUACCAGAUGACUUAUGGGCAAUUGAACCACCUGAUCUUUUGGAUUUACAAAAAUAUCCUGAUAAUAUUAAAAAUCAUGAAAUUAUAAAUGAUGAAAAUACAGAAAAAAUACGUGAAAUAAUAAAAUUACUUGGAAAAUUAGUUGUUAAUUUUAACAUUGCACCUGGACAAGAAAAAGAAACAUUUGUUCAUAAUUGUGAGAGUCUUGUUUUAAGUACAUUUUCUUCAACAAAUUUUAAUUCUCAUGAUUUUGAUGAAUUAUCAAAAAUAGUUAAUGCAGGAUUAGAUAUAGAACUUGCAAGAUCACAACCACAACCAGCUUAUAAAGUACGUCAUGUUAAAGUUGGUGUUCGUCUUGCUGAGUCAAUAUGUAGUAUAACAAAUGGAUCAAGUAUUUUACAAAGUAUUGAUGCACCAAAUAAAUUACUUAAACUUUGUAUGAAAGAAAAUGUUGCAUUACCAGUUAAAUUAGCUGCAUUAAGAGCUCUAGAUUCAGCAUUAAUGUAUCCAAUAAUUGUUGAAGAAUUUUUACAACCAAAUAAUAAUCUUUAUAGAAUGAUUUUGACAAUGUUAAAAGAAGCUAAACUUGCUAGAUUAAAGUAUGCUUUAACUUCUGUUAUACGAAAAAUUCAUGUAUACGAAUUACUAACAGAGAUUAAACAAUUUGGCUUACAAGAACAAGCUAUUUUAGAACUUACACAUGCUUAUUCAUGUGCACCAACAUUAAUGGCACAACCUAAACGACAAUUACCUGGUAGUAUGCAAAUGGAAUUUGAAAGAGAAUCAACAAGAAAUCCACGUAAACAUUUAAUAUCAUAUUUUAAUCAUUUUGGACUUUUACGAAAAAUUUUAUUGACACUUGUAUCACCAGAUUCAUCGGAAAAUCUUGUUAAAAUAAUCAGAGCAUUUUUAAUAAAUCUCUCGGAAACUGGAGAUGGUUUAUUGUAUCUAUUUGAUGAAGUUGACGUAACAAAAGUAUUACUAAAAGCUUUGAGAUUUGAACAAGAGUCUGAUGUUGGUUGUGAAAUUGCUUGGAGACUUCAAGUUGUACAGUGUCUUGUUCACAUUAAAGCACAAAUGACAAAUGACAAUAUUGAUUGGUUAAUUAUAAAAAAACUUCAUUCAUUUUUAACAUAUAGACAAGGACUUGAGGCAAUAAUUGCUGUUCUUCCAUUAAAUAAUUUUAUUGAUACAUUAAUUUCGCUAUUAUCAAAUCGUGAUUUAUCAGAAUUUGUUGCUGAAAUAAUUUCAACAACAAUUAAAUAUUCAAAUAACGUUGAAAUAUUACGUACACGUGCACAUGUACUUCUUCGUGAAUGUAAUAAUGGUCUUAUGCGUGAUGUUAUGACAAAUUUAACAGUUUCUGCAUCAUCAGCAAAUUGGAAUUACAGUGAUGUUUUAUCACUUGUUGUUAUUAUAAGAAAAUAUUCAGAAAAAGCAUCAUCAUUAUCUGGAGAACUUGUAACAGCUUGUCGUAUACUUUGUUAUCUUAUUUUUCCAUCAAACAAUGAUGUUGAUCCAUUGGAACCAUACGUUGAAUUAAAACAUCGUAAUGCAUUAACACAAUUAUAUGCUGCUGAUGGAUUAACUGCUCUUGUUGCUGUUAUAACAAAUUUGGCAAAUUUUUAUGAACAACCAUUUUUACAACGUGCUACAUUAACUGGUCGUCGUGGUAUGUUAUUACUAAGUGUUUUACAUUCAUGUAUACGUUUAAUUCGUGCACUUUUAGAACAUUUAGUUAAAUGUAUGGCAACUGAUUUUAAAGAUUUAACACCAGUUGUUCCUUUAUUAGGAAUUUAUUCACUUGUUGUUGCAAUACCAUGUCAAAAUAAAACAGAAAUUAAUUUACUUGCUGAUGAAAUUGCUGAAAUACUUUUACUUUUUACUCGUGCUGUUGAUUCAGAUAGUACUGGUAAUGUUGCUAAAUCAUUAUGGACACAAAUGAUUGGUGAAGUAUUAAAAAUGAUAUCAGCAAAACCAUGUAAAUUUGUACCUGGUUUAAAACUUUUAUCAAGAUUAUUACCACCAAUAUUACGUCUUGAUUGUGAUACUGAAGAAAAUGACAUUAAUAGAGCACUUGGUUUAAGAAAAUUAUGGUCAGCUCAUCUACAAGCACAAGCUAAUAAUUUAAUGGAAACAUUGAGAUUAUUAUGUGCAAGUUGGAAUGAAGAUUUAUUAAUAUUAUUAUCAGCUGUUUGUAAACAAUUAAGUGAUUUAGCAGCACCAACUGCAUUAUUAGUUGGUAGAUGUUUAUUAGAUAGAAUAUUAGCAGCAACACCAUUAGAAAAUAAUUCUCCAACAAUAGCUUUAUUGGGUGAUUUAACACUUCAUCCACCAGUUAAAGCAACAUUAUUGACAUUAAUGAGUCCAACAUCAAGAGCACAAAUUAAAACAGAUCAAAAAUAUCCACCAGUUGUUGAAAUGAUGUGUUCAGCAUUUAAAAAUUCAACAGAUACAAAUGUACAAUAUGAAAUACUUGAAAUUUUUUAUACUUUAUGUGAUCAUACAUUGAGUUUAACACAAGAUAAUAAUAAUGAAUUAUUUGAUAUUAAAUUAACACAUUCAGUACCAAGUAAAGAACCUUUAUUAUCAAUAUUAACAAUAUUAAUUGAUAUAUUAAGUAAUGGUAGUAAAUAUGAUGUUAAAAAUUUAGAAAAAUGUCUUGCUAUAUUUUUAUCAUUAACAAAACAUAAUUAUGGUCUUUAUCAUGUUAAAAGUUGUUUAGAAAAUAAUCCAGGUGUUUUAAAAACAUUUUUAGAAUAUACUGUAAGUCUUAUUGAUAAAGAAAAUGAUAAUAAUUCAGUAUCACUUGAUUCAUUGAUGAUGUUGACUAUUGGUUUACUUGAAAGUUUAGUAAACAGUGGAAAAUCAGAGGGUAGAUCAUUGUAUUUAAGAAUAUCACAACUUGCUGGUUUAUUAAUGUGGGAAAAUGGAAUGACACAACAUCCACUUGAAAAAAUUCGUGGUUCACAAGAUUUAGUUAAUGAUUUAAAAUCAUCAAUUGAAGGUGGUGAAGAUAAAGAACCAAUACCAGAAAUGUUAGAGCCAUUAUUACCAACACCUGAUGCAUUAUUAAAUCAAUUUUCUCAAAGAUCAAUUAAACGUUCAGCAAGUUGUUCACCAAUACGUUCAAGAAAAAGAUGCUUUCGUGGUUCAUUAACAUCUGAUUCAAUAUCUGUUGAUCUUAUGGCUCUUGCAACUGAAUUAUUACCUGGUGGUUUUAAUUUAUUAACUGAAGCACAAUUAUUAUGCUCAAAACGUCCAUCAGAAGAUACAAUUAAUCAUUUAUCAUCAAAAGGACAAAAUACAACAACAGAAAUUAAUCGUGAUAUUCAAAAAGUACCAAUUAUACCAAUAACUAAAACAAAACAACCAUUUGUAACACCUAUGAGAGGUAGAGCACAAUUUGUAACAUCACGAGGUGGUAUGACACCUGGUGGAAUUGGAAGAGGUGCUGAUCCAUUUAGAUCAAGACCACCAAAUACAUCUCGUCCACCGUCAUUACAUGUUGAUGAUUUUGUUGCACUUGAAACUUGUGGAGCACAACCAACUGGACCAACUGGUUAUAAUAAACUUAAUAUUAGAGGCACAUGUCCACCAAGAGGUGUCAUGAGUGGAAGCAGAUGUAGAACUUGGGUGGCUGAACCACGACCGCCAUAUCUCAGAUAAAUUGUUAUAUAAAAAAAAAAAAAAAUUAUAAUUUAGUUUAAAUUAUGUUUUUGAUUCAACUGAAAUUUUUUUUUAUUAAGUUAUAUCAGUUUACUUUUAAUUAUUAUCAAUUUUAUGUAUAAAAAAAAUUAAAAAAUAGACUAAAUUUAAGACUUAUUCAAUGAAGCUCAAAAAAAUAGAAAAGAUUUUUUAUUUAUUCUGUAAAUAAAUUUCAAUUAAUUAAAAAGGAUGAAUAAAAAAUUAUAAAAUAUUUAAAUUUAGAUAGAUGUAUAUAUAAAACUAAAAUGAAAAAAUAUUACAAUUAUAUUUUAUUCUUAUUUUGACUAUUUUCAAUGUGUCCAAACAAAGGAUCAGAGCGUUUAAAAACUUUGGCAAAAUACAGGUAAAUGAAUAAAUAUUAAAUUAUUUAAUUAUAAAUGAUAAAAUCAACAAUAUAUUUAGCAUUAAAAUAAUUAAAUUUUACAUUAUUAAAUUUAUUAUUAAAUUAUUUUUGAUACAGUAGUUCUCCAUCAAAUGAGAAAACUGAUGGAUUAUCAAACAACAUUAUUAACAUGGCCUGUGUCAGAUGUAAAAGGUGUACAUUUAAAAAAUGGAAAUAAGCUAAAAGCUAUUAAUUCAAAAUCGAUAAAAGAUAAUAUAAAAAUUCUUGAAAAAUAUUAAAACCAUUGUAUUGUCAAAAGUAUGAAUGGUUGUGAAUAAAAAUGUUAAUAAAUUUUUCUAAGAUGUACACUAUUAUAAGAAGGACAAUUGACCGCAUUUUAUUUCUAAUGUUGUAACUUGUAAGCUGAAAUUUUCUAAGAUU